AUGCACUCGCGAGCAACCCGAGCAGUAUCGGAGGUGGUGGUUGCUGCUGGCACAGCAGGAGCGAUCGCAUCUGCGUGGUGGCUAUUGAAUCAAUUAUUAACAGCUGACGACCGACUCAAGCGGAUCGGUACUUCGUCAGCCUAUCUCGACUCGGAAGCUGUUUCCAGUCCCAAUACGUCAUAUCCGUCCGCUCCGCGAAGGAGCUACCAGUCUGAACGAGACCAUGACAUCGAUGACGGCGGCUUUGCCUCGCUGCCACUUGUCUCUGAGUCGGAGAGUGACACUGAUGAGGACGCAAUGAGCUACACGGCUGAGUAUUAUACUCCCCACCACGACGUCUGCAUGUUGUCCGUCAGUGUCCAGACUCUACUAAGUCCACUCGCAAAUGCUUCGACUGCCUGUCGACUCUACGAAGCUGAGACCGACGAGAACGAGACCACUUCUAUGCUGUCGUUUUCGGACACUGAAUUAAGCAGCAACGGCAGUGCUUUGUCCUUGUCCAGUGGAUACAACGAGCAGGAAGAAAAUUGGAUCGUACCGCGCUCCUUGACGUACGCAAGGACGGAGCAGUGGCUGUAUGUUCGACUAUAG